GAUGGUCGUUGAUUGAAAAUCAUACGAUAUUUAGCAGCCCAUCUCAUUUAAAAGGCAACAUUUCUCAGCGAACGCUCGUAGAAAGUGGUCAACCAAUGAGCUGAGAAGAAUACUGUUCCCUAUCGAAGAAGUGGGUUUUCUCAGUAGCGUGGCGGAGGGCAAUACCGGUUCGAUUUAUCAUCUCUUGGCAGUGUCGUGGAGCUGUGCUUAGUCCAGUGGUUAGUCAUUGAUACAUAAAGGACAUUCGGGAAGGACUACGAACGAUACGGCAAUACGGCAAUAUUAGAUAUAAUUUGAUUUUAUUCAAGAAGAAAGAAAAAAAUAAGAAAGUAAAUACGGACGAGGACGAUCGAACUAAGAGAGGAAGAAAUGUCGUUUCGACAAAAGACGCUUUUAUGCGUCAUCUUGAUUAUCGUCACAGUACAAUGUCAAAAAAAUAAAAAGGAUGAAGAUAAAAAAGACGAAGAAUUCACAUGCCCGGAAGGUCAGGGAAAUGGAAAUUUCGCUGAUCCUGCAACCUGUAGAAGAUUUUAUCAGUGUGUAGAUGGAUAUCCGUAUUUAAAUAGAUGUCCUUCGGGAUUACACUUUGAUGAUAUUAGCAAAUUUUGCACCUUCAAAAAUGAAGCCCGUUGUGGACCUAUUGCUGCGACUCCACCUCCGGUAACGGAUCCUCCAACGGAUCUUGCAGAGAGAUGUGAUACAGCAAAUUGUCAGCUUCCAUACUGCUUCUGUUCACGCGAUGGAACGCUUAUACCCGGUGGUCUUCAACCGGAGGAGACGCCACAAAUGAUAAUAAUGACAUUUGAUGGAGCGAUAAAUCAUAAUAAUUUUGAUCAUUAUCAAAAGAUUUUUACACAAGAUCGAUUAAAUCCAAACAAUUGUCCAUUGAAAGGUACCUUUUUCAUCUCUCAUGAAUAUUGUAAUUAUAAUAUGGUACAAAGUCUAGCGCAUGAUGGUCAUGAAAUAGCUACGGAAACAAUAUCACUUCAAAAAGGAUUAGAAGAUAAAGGUUACGAAGAAUGGGUCGGUGAAAUGAUUGGAAUGCGAGAAAUCCUAAAGCAUUUUAGUAAUAUUUCAGCAAAUGAAAUUGUUGGUAUGAGAGGACCUUAUUUGAAACCUGGUCGAAAUACUCAAUAUAAAGUAUUAGAAGAUUUUGGUUAUAUAUAUGAUAGUAGUAUUGGAAUUUCACCUCUAAAAACACCUAUAUGGCCAUAUACUCUCGAUUAUAAAAUACCUCAUGAAUGUAAAGCUGGUACUUGUCCCACUAAAUCAUUUCCAGGAGUAUGGGAAUUACCUCUUAAUGCACAUUAUGUUGAGAGUUAUGAAGGUGGACAUUGUCCUUAUCUAGAUCAAUGUGUCUUACAUAAUCAUGAUCCUGAAGAAGUAUUUGAUUGGUUGCAAGAAGACUUCAACAGAUAUUAUGAACAAAAUAGAGCACCGUAUAUGAUGCCAUUUCAUACUAAUUGGUUUCAAAUAAAGGAACUUGAAAGAGGACUUUCUAAAUUUCUUGAUUGGGCAGUGACAUUACCAGAUGUUUACUUUGUAACUGCCACACAAGCAUUAACUUGGAUAACUGAUCCAAAACCAGUUAAAUCUUUAAAUAAUUUUGAAGGUUGGUCAUGUAAAAAAAAAGAAAAUAUUCCUGGUCCACCUUGUAAUAAUCCAAAUAAAUGUGCUUUGGACUUUAAGCCUCCAGAAUCCAACUUCACUACAACUAGGUAUUUGGAAACAUGUAGAGAAUGUCCUUAUAAAUACCCCUGGUUGGGAGACGCAAAAGGUACUGGAUUAUACAACGAUAAUUAUAAUCCUGAAAAAAAGUAAAUUUGUAUUGCUAAAUAAAUUAGGUGUAAUAUUA